UUCACUUCCUGCAGUUCCUAUUUUAUCAGCAGAACUUCCUCAUUUCAACACAAAUGAGUUCUGCACCGCCUGCAACAGACCCGUUCAGAACCCAGAACCAGUUUAAUGACAGAACCAGUACAGCUGACCCAGUUGGUCCAGCAAUGAGAGGAGCAUGAGCCUGGUCGUCUCCCAGCAGCUCAUCUGACCUCUGGCUUUCUCCAGCGAAGGGUUCUGAAGAUUUGGACCGGAUGGCUGCAGGUGAAAGGCCCAGUUGUUCCAGUUUAACCACUAAGGAGCUCCAGCAGAACUUGAAGCUGGCGAAGCAAAAUGAGCGACCGGUCCGGCUGCUGUUUGAGAUCCCAUCCAGUCGAGUCGUGGACCAGCUGCUGAACAAAUACGUGGUGAGACAAUCAGUAGAAACCUACAAUCGGUGGAACUUCUCCAACUGUGUCCAUGUUCUUCCUCUACAGGCGUAUCAGAUUGUCGUGAUGCGCUCUGGCAGCUUUGAUUCCUGUCGCGUUUCCAUCGAGCGCCGCUACAGUGACUUCCGGAAGCUUCACAACAAACUGCUGGAGGAAUUUGAGGAAGAGCUUGAGGAUGUUCUCCUGCCCCCGAAGCUCCUGACGGGAAACUUCAGCCCAGAGAACAUCCUGGAGCGCCGCCUGGCCCUGCAGGACUACCUGGCCAAGCUGUUCGCCACCCGCUGCGUCAGACACUCCGCCCACUUCUCGGAGUUCUUCACCGAGCACGAGCAGAAGCAGGCCCACGUGCUGCUGCGAGCGGGCCAAUUCAAGGCCGCUCUGGGGGAGCUGCAGACGGUCCUGGAGAUCCAGGAGAAGCUGCUGCCGUGGCAGAAGUCCACCCUGACCGUCCCCGCCCUCUCUGCGAUCGCUGUGUGUUACCGGGACCUGGACGAGCCGGAGCAGGCCUUCUCAGCCGCUCAGCGAGCUCUUCCUCCGGUGAGGCGCUACGGACUGAAGCCCUACAGAGCGGCACUGCUGGAGCUGCUGGUGGACCUGGGGUACCAGCUGGGUCGUCCCGUGGCUCAGCUGCAGGACGAGCUGACGGCCAUCAGGAACGGCGAGAGAGGGGAGGUGUGCUUCCGGUCGCUGAAGGAAGUGGUGAUCCACAAGUUCAUCUGAGGAAGAGCAGGAACCCAGACUUACCUGAGAACCUGACUAGAGAAAGUCUGGGUCUACUAAAAACCUAAAUGGCCUCAAAGCAUAAAAAAGUUAAGACUGAGAGUGAAUUCCCACCAGUCUGCUUCAAUCAAACUCUAGUUUGUUUGUCUAGAAAGUCUGAAUCAUUUGGUGUGAAUCCGCAACGAUACGGACCAAAUUCUAACGCAUAUGAGAAGACCAAGUGGACCAGAGACCUGCUAAAGCCCUAAAGAAGUUACUGUGAACAGUUCUUUCUCCCCCCACAGUCUGUCACUAUUUUGUUCUGGAUGUUUUCCUAUUAUUUAGUAUUUUGGCAACAUUUUAUAACUAUGUUUAUUCAAAAAGAUCAGCAAAAUGUCCUGUUUGGGCUUCAACAAAGGAGCUAAAUAAAUCCAAAAGAUUUAUUUAUUAACUUAUUAAUCAGCCACACUCAGUUUUGAGGAGACAGUCUGUUAUUACUGUUGAGUUUUAACAGCAUAUGCUAACAACCAAAUUUUUGUCUGAUCAAAAGGGAAGAAAUAUGAUUUGUUCCCAACUGAAGAGUCUGGAUGAUCUGUCGUCUUAAUUUAUUUUUUUGGCACAAACUUUACUUUAUGUAGGAUUUUCUGUCAUCUGGAUUACUAUUAUUAUUUAUGCUCCCCUGUCUACUUUCCACAUUCUUGUUUUUCUUGUACAUUGUCACAAAUAAAGGUGCCUAAAC